UUUAAAAAUUGCAAAUUUUAUAUUUCUUUUCUUUCAAAAAUUGCAAUUUGGAUGAAAUGGGAUUCCAGCUUCUGAGAAUUUCACCCUUUCCAUCUCCUCCCAAACCCUUAUUUUUCGUAACAAAAACGCCAUCUCUCCGACUUUCCACUCACUUUCUUUCCUCUGCAAAGUCUCCAUCUCAUGCUCCCUGCAAAAUCCAAUUCAAAUCUCCAUCAAAACCCAACUUUCCCGCCAUAUCUGCAGCUGGGUUUGGUGGGUUUUUCCCUCACCACCAAAAGAGGAGGAUUGGGAGUGGAAUCGUCAUGGCUUCACCUGGUUCUGUUAAAAAAUCAGAGGAGGAAUGGCAUGCGAUCCUUUCACCUGAGCAAUUUCGGAUUCUGAGACAGAAGGGAACUGAGUACCCUGGUACUGGGGAAUAUAACAAGUUCUUUGGUGAUGGUAUAUACAACUGUGGGGGUUGUGGGACUCCGCUGUAUAAAUCCUCCACCAAAUUUGACUCUGGCUGUGGCUGGCCAGCUUUCUAUGAAGGUCUUCCAGGAGCCAUAAAACGCACCACAGAUGCAGAUGGAAUGAGAACGGAAAUCACAUGUGCAGCUUGUGGUGGUCACCUGGGUCAUGUUUUUAAAGGUGAGGGGUGGCCUACGCCUACCGAUGAGCGCCAUUGUGUCAAUAGCAUUUCAAUCAAAUUCACUCCUGCUUCAUAAGCUAUCUUGCCAUCUUCUAUGUAGCUUGUGUUAUUUGAUAUUCCCUUCAUGUAAACAAGAGCAACUUUUCUGAAUAGAACUGUCCUCUAAAAAAAUUAUUUGGGUGCUAACUUGUCAUUGUUGGUUGGAAUAAAAGAUUGUGAAUUUAGAGUCA